AGUUUGGUAGCAGUAUCACUAAUGUUGCCCCAAGAGCAACCUCGUCUCAUCAACAUCAAAUUGUCGCCUGCUGAGCUGGCCGCUGCUGACUCUAGCUGGUCUGGAUUGACAAGUCUCUACCGAGGACAACUUGAGCUGCACCUCGAGGAGAGUUCCGUGGCGUCACGAGCACCAUGUGAAGAUCUGCUUGAGUGCCUAAACGGUUCCAGGUGUCUGCUUACCGAGUUGGUGGGCAGUAUCAGCAGUGCUGCUAGCGUCUCCGCUGUGGCUUCAGUGUCCACGGCGGCCACUACUGAACUUUCCAUCUCACUCUCUGCCCCCCUCAACUUGAACGCUCUACAGGGCAAAUAUAAGAGUUUGGUAGCAAAAAUCCGUCCACUGGAAGAUUCUUGGGCUUCCGUGCUCCUGUCAACUCGGUCCUCGCCGUGUCCAGAGAAACAAGACGAUGGGUUCGAGACACGUGAGCCCGAUGCUGCUGAGGGGCGUCUGCCUGCCUAUCCUCCGCCGCAACUCUGGGUACUUGACGCCAAGCCCGGCAGCCGCGAAAACGACCUGCCUGACUUUUUCUGGACUGCGAGUGCCGUGCAGCAAGUCAUCGCUCAGCUACAGUCCCGGGACACCGGGGACUUCGAGGCCCAGUGGCCGGAGCUGAGGAGGGCAAUGGAAGAAGCGGGCGCCUCUGCGCGGCACUGGUGGGAGGUGCUGCUGAGCCGUCCUCACGAGCCCGCGCUCGCUGAGUUCGCUGCUCGAAUAACUCGGAAGGAAGACGAGCAGUUCGUUAUCCAGAGCAGGCGGGACCUGGAAGCGGUUGCACUGAUGCUGCCUUACGCGCAAGACACGCUCGUCAAGGUGAAGGCUUCGUUAGAAGCUUUGAGAAGCCCAGCUUGGAAACAGGUUUUAAAGCAUCAUACUGGAAGAAUCCAUCUGAAAAUUCUGGACAAGAGACCUGAUUUUACACCAUGUGAUGACGUACUGCAGCCUCUAAUCUGCAGCAGUUCCAAGAUCAAAAGUUUCCAGGGGCACAUCAGGACGGAGGCAGGCAUCGCGGCGCUAGCUUCAGCGGCCGCGGCGUCAGCGUCCAUACACAUCAGGGUCGAGGCGCCGCUCAACCUCAGCGCACUGCACGGGAAAUACGCUGAACUGCGCGUUUGCACGCCCGUACUUCACACGGCUGUUGCAGCAGCGCCUCUACCUGCGCUGCCUCUUCCUGUGCUGCAGGUUCUCAGCCCCGGUGCUGGCACCUGGGAGGACGUGGCCAAGACGGUGCUGGUUUACUCACCAAGAUGCAAGAAGUUUUUGGGAAUUGAACUGCUCCAGUCUGCGCUAAGCGAGGAGGAGGAGCGACUGUUGCUGAUGCUGCUACACGAGAGGAACAUCAGGACGAACGAUGCAGGCGCCACUCGCACCGAGCCCCACGGGGCACACAAAAGACGACUCCGCCUCUGCGAAGAUCCUCCCGCAACCUUCUCACCAUGACUUACACCCAAUGAACGGGAGUGUGCGAAGUAGUUGGGGCUCAAGGAUGCCUGCCAUGCUGGGACAGUUCUCGGUUAUUAAUGAAAGAAAAUGUUGACCACACGGCCAUGUAGUCACAAUUAUUGUUCGUUCGUCUUUUGCUUAGAAUGGAAGAGGUCAAGGUACGUGAGUGAACUUUGUGAGGCGCGAGGUAACAAGUAACAAAUAUUCUGAUCUUGAAUACAACGAAUUGCGUUAUUACAUUAUUAUUUGGAGUUUUUCAACUGUUACCUAAAAUCAGAAAAUUUCCUACACGAAAUAACAUUUUAAAAGAUGUGAGGAUAUACAAGCAUUCAGAGAACGGUGUUACUAUUUAUGUUGUCCUUGCAUUGGGCUAACCUUCAAGUGUAACUGGUUCUUUGUGUGAGCCUAGAUUGUUUUUAGCGCUCAUUUGAAUUUGAAUGAAGGAAAAGAAGAAUUGGAUGAGGUGACCAGAUAUGAGACAAAUUAACUAACAAGAGGGGACGAAAAAUUGCGCUCGGCCAAAAACUUUGCUGCCGGAAAUUGAGCAAGGUGAUUCUCGUGCUUAAUUUUUUUGUGUAUCUCGAAUCUGGUAAUUAGUUUGCUUCGUCCCUAGGUUUAGUGUGACGAUAUAAAAGAGAAACUUUUAAUCAUCAUUAGCUGGAAGUUUUCAAUUGUAGAAUUGAAUUUGUAAUGCUGGUUUCGCACAUUCAACUGACAUGGUGAUAUUAAGAAUUUAAUUUAAGAUAUUUAUUAUAUUUUUUUACAUAUAAAAAUAUAUUAAUUGAUAUUUAAAACGCCAGUGAAUGUUCUAAAAUACAUACGCUGGUUAAUUAAGUGUGAACUCUCUUAAUGAGAAUUUUUCGUUGACGUUCCCAGAUCAUGCGAUGCUGUCGUCUUGGCCGUGAGGAUUUUUUUUCCUUUUUCGUUUCUAUCAGCUCCAUAGCAGUUGAGUCUAAACAAAGUUCUAAUAUCCUCAUCGUAGAAGAGUUGUACCAAAGUCUUGCUUUUGUAAAAUACAUCAAAUGUUUUUGAUGUAUUUCGAGCAGUGUGUUUUGUAUAUAACGUUCAUUUUAUGCUUCUUUUGAAUGUACCGAUAAUUUUAGAAUA